AUGAAAAGAGUUUUGAUUUUCUUGCUUUUUGUCCUGACUGCCUCUGUUCUGGCGAAAGAUUCCCGCAUUAAUCAAUUGUUCUGGAGAAAAUUCACACCUCGAGCAAUGAGUUCUACAACUGAAGCUCCAGGUGAAUUUCAAAAAAACAUGAAUAUGACCAAUGCAAAGGAAGUAAUGGAUGUGUUGAAUACCCUUGUCAAAGUCCAACGUGAUCAAGCAAACAUCAUCAACGUUCGCGACGCAAAAUCCGAGGAAUUUGAAAAGAAAGUAAUGAACUUCAUGGAUCAAACUACGGACGUUCUUCAAAAACUGGACAAGAAAAUCAAGAUGUUGCAGAGAAUAUUCCAUAAAAUCGCCAGCGACAUUGAAGAAUAA